CCCGCGUGGCUUCCUAUCCGCGGAGCUCUGGUGUCCCGGCCCUGCCACCCUGCUCUCUGACGCCGCUCCCGCCCAGCCCCGCUGUACGCAGGGGGCUGCUUUUCCUCUCCGUUGCCCCCAGCGCCACGGGCAUGGAGCUGCUGCCUGGGGACGCCCGGCAAGCUCUACUGAUGACCGCAGUCUUUAAGGUGUCACAGACCUGAGACCAUUAGGCUCUUCUGUAAGUGAGGACACAGAGUUUGUGUUGGAUGACUGCCUGCAACGCGGAGGAGGACACUCACCGGCAAAUCCCAGUAGAGAAGCACUACCUGGGUCAGGUGGAGGCAAGAUGGGCCCCAGGGGCAGGCAGAGCCCCUCAUCCCCACUGGCCCCCUCGCAGGGGUCUUGUUUCUUCAUCCUCUUCUGCUUGCGCUUAGGUGCCUCCUGCCCACAGGCCUGCCAGUGCCCUGACCAUGCUGGGGCUGUGGCUGUCCACUGCAGUUCAAGAGGCCUGCAGGAGAUCCCUAGGGACAUCCCAGCGGAUACCGUGCUCCUGAAGCUAGACGCCAACAGAAUCUCCCGAGUCCCCAACGGAGCCUUCCAGAACCUGCCCCAGCUGAGGGAGCUGGACCUGUCCCAUAAUGCCAUCGAGGCCAUAGGGCCUGCAGCCUUCUCAGGUCUGGCUGGAGGCCUGCGGCUUCUGGAUCUAUCCCACAAUCGCAUCCGAAGAAUUCCAAAGGACGCACUGGGCAAGUUGAGUGCCAAGAUCCGCCUGUCCCACAAUCCACUGCACUGUGAGUGUGCCCUGCAGGAGGCCCUGUGGGAGCUGAAACUGGACCCUGACUCUGUGGAUGAAAUUGCCUGCCACACCUCGGCCCAGGAGCAGUUCGUGGGGAAGCCACUGAUCCAGGUCUUGGACUCAGGCGCCAGCUUUUGCAGUACCCACCGGAAGACCACCGAUGUGGCAAUGCUGGUCACCAUGUUCUGCUGGUUCACCAUGGUGAUCGCCUAUGUGGUGUACUACGUGCGCCACAACCAGGAGGAUGCCAGACGACACCUGGAGUACCUGAAGUCCCUGCCCAGUGCGCCAGUCUCCAAGGAUCCUCUCAGCCCUGUGCCCUAGCGCCUGCCUCCGGAGGGCACUGAGCCUGGCUGCCCCGGUUUCUGCACCAGGUGGAGGUGAUGGUGCUCUUGUGUUCCCAGAGAGGUGCACUCCAGCUGCUUCUGCACGGCCCCAAAAGCACUUCCAUUGGCAUUUGGUCCCUGCAGCCACUGCCUACCCAGUAGGGGAUUUGCCCAUCUUAUUGGGUAGGUAAACUGAGGUUUAGAGGUAUGGAACACUUUGCCAGAGACGGAUUCAGUUGGCACCUAAACCCAGGCUGCUUGUGGUGUAGGUCUGAGACUCCUUUGAUCUCUCUGCCAAUCUUUUCCACGCGGUGCUGUGGGAAGUGAAUAUCUGCGCACACAAGGAUGGGGCCCUGGUGGGGAGGAUGGCUGCAGCUCUGUCAAUCAGAGGCAUCAGCAGCUUUGCCGCUGGGGAAUGGCUCUCUCUGUUUACUCUUGCCCUCCCAGUCUAUAGGAACACAGAGAUGCUGCCCUUUCCCAGAGCAAAGCACGGGCGAUCUAGCCUUUCGAAAGAGGUCAGUGCAAAGUCCAGCCUGCACUGACUUGCACUGACCUUUGUUCUGGGAGUAUCUGAGUUGCCCUUGUGCCAAAAUUUCAGUCCCUUGAGGGGGAGAAAACGGGAAAACGUGAGAAAGGUCCAGCAUGGGCUUACCGUGGCAGUGUCCGCUGCCAGACAACUUAUGGCCCUCCCCUGCUUCUGCCACUCCCAUCUGUGCCUGGCCAGUGGAAGCCUGUCAAUCACAGUGGCUCCUGUGCCUUGCUUUUCUACUGCCAAUAUCUAAAGCAGCUUUUUCAAAGGAGGAGGGACUGGUGUUUGAGGUUUCCAUGCCAAUCAACAGGAUGCUGCUUUUGUCUAGCAACAAGAACUUUCUCCUUUCACCUCGCUGAAAUCUCAGAGUUACUUCGUUGGUCAAUUUUCUUACCUAUAUUACUUCAUGUUCAGGGGUAGAUAUUACAGCCACCUACUUGACUAAUUUCCAGUUUUAUUAUUUUCUGUCUUCUUGUAUAAGUGUUUUUAUCUUAAGGUUUGCUGAGUCCUUGGGAGAAGCAAAUGAGUGUAGAUUGUGUGGAUGGUGAGUGCCGUCAGGUCUAGCUGCCUUUUCAAGCAGAAAUUGAUGAUGGCUUCUCUUUCUGUUGGGAAAUUCUCUUGUGACCUGCAGGGACAAGGUGAGACUGUGUCUGGGGCCUGGCUUGGCUUUAGCAUCACUGUGGCCCACAGCUAUGUCACCACAAGACGUGGCACCUGGGCCACAUGACUGUCAGCCGCAGAAGCACAUGAAAAAGAAAAAGCAGCACUCAUGAGCUUUCCCUACUGCUGAGCGCUCACACUUGCGUGGCGGCCAUGGGGCCACCAUGCCCAGCAUGUGCAGUAAUAUAAGCGGAGCGUUAAUCUGGAGCCUUGGAUGAGCUCAGAUCCUGACCACCAUUCCUCCACCGCACUGGGCCAAGCUACACUUAUGACCCCAGGCACUGGUGUGACUGUUGCCUGGCCCACAUGGCACAGACAUGGCCAACACAUGGUGUCCGCUUACGUGUUCAGUGGAGACAGGCACUGAGGGCAGAGUGGUCUGGCCCUGGAAGGUUCUGUCCCAAGGAGAAGAGGCUAAAAAACCAGCACUGAGGGCUUGGAUUAAAGACCGGGUGCUAUCCUGAUGCUGGGAUGGUGCCGAAGGGGCUGUGUCUGUCCCUUGAACAGGGACACCGCUAGCCUGGCAGUGUCUCCGGGAGGUGCUGCUGGAGAGGAUAUGGCUAGCAUGCCUCUUGUUGGGUGUUGUGACGUGUGGUGGAGGGAGGGUCUCUGCUUCUAAGCUGAUGUCACAACAUAGGUGGUAGCUGGGCCCCUGCAGCCCUUCCACCUUUGUCAGGGGCCUCCACUGUCCAGCAGGUCUGUCCCGUUGACAUGACCGGGUCAGGAAGGAGAAUGGAUGGAGGCUGGGUGGAUGGGGGGUCAGUACCCCAGAGGUCUUCUGUUGUUCUUGUCCCAGAAUCACCAGUGGGCCCUUUAGAUACACAGGGGUAGGACUCCUUCUCAGGCUGCUCAACUCACUGCCAGACUCAACAUGCUGCCCUUAGCCUAGGACAUGGCCCUACCUGGCUGUGCAUCCACAGGGCUCCUGCAGAGCUCCUGCUGGAAAGAGAAGGCAGGGGACAGUCUACUUGUGUGGAGCCUGGAAGGACAUGUCCCCUCCUCCUGUGAGGAGAACCCCAGGGACCCCAGCACCCUCCUGCUCAUCCAGGCUUCCAACCCUACUUCUUUGGAGUCCCAUCUUCCGGCCGUGCCAUUCCCUGUCCUCGCCUUUCCCUGCCUGGACCAGCUCACAAGAUAAGGGUAUGAGGCCGGGCUCCCUGAUGGAAACUUGCAGGGGAAGGGGUGCAUUGAAAUGUUCUUUCUUCCCGGAUCCCACCUUCUUCACCAUCCUUCAGUCCUUGAAUGAGAUGCUUUUCCUCCCCAACCCUGCACAGACCCUCUAGAUCCUUAGACACUCUGGUCAGCCCUGCUUCUAUACCCCUCCCCAGACUAUGGAAGGCAGGUGGGACCUUGCCACACAAACAGAGGUGCCCAAAUGUUCCUCAGACACAGUGGGUGGUUUAUGCCACAUGCCUCCAUGUCACCCCCUCCUCCCCCCAUCAGUAUAAACUCACUGUCCCAGGUCCCAGCCAUUGGCCCCACUGGGCAUUUUCCUUCCCACUAGUCACUCAUGGUUUCUAAGACACGGUUCUAAACUGAGUUCCUUGGGUGGGGCCAGAGGUAGACUGAGAUGUAGUGUUCUGGACCUGUGGCAGCUCUCAGCCAUGCAGAAACCUGAGGAUGGCUUCUAAAUUGCCUUUCCUGGAAGCCCCGUCCUGAACCUGAUCUGUCCCCUUCUCAGCCUUUUUUUUCUGUGAACCCCUUUCUGUGAACCCCCAAUAAAGCUCUUUGUGCUGAAA